AUGAAGCCAGAAAGGAACAGACAAGAAGCAGUUUCAGAUGGUCCAAUGUUUAGGGCUGGCAGCAAUGGAACAAGAUCCAGAGUCAGGAAGCAGGAUCAGGAAUUAGGAGCAAGAAUCAGGAACGGGAACCAGGAACAAGAAUUAGGAACCACGAUCAGGAACCAGAAUCAAGACCCAGGAACAAGAACCAGGAUCAUUAACAAGGAACAAGAAUCUGGAACCAGGAGGCUAGGAGACUGUGACAAGCACCAGAAUAAACAAGAACUAACCAAGUGCGAUGUUUGGGAAUUCAUAGGGAGAGCUGAUCCACCUCCUUGUAGAUGGAGCCCCCAGGUGACAUAA